UUUUACUCAAAAAAAUGGCAGAAGCACAAGUAAAAAAAGUGCAAGAAUUUAAAUUAGAUCCCGAUACAGAAUUGCGUUUUGAAGUUGAAUCCAAAAAUGAACAUGUUACACUAACACUAAAAUCUGGUUUUGCAGAGUUGUUUGGAACAGAGUUAGUUAUAGGAAAGAAGUAUGAGUUUAAAACAGGUGCUAAAGUAGCAGUAUUUUCUUGGCAGGGUGCUACUUUAGAACUUGAAGGCAAAACUGAUGUUAGUUACAUUGCCAGAGACACCCCAAUGGUACAGUAUUUAAAUUGUCAUAAUGCUUUGGAGCAACAAAGAGAUGCUGCAGAGAAAAAAAAUAUCAGAGGUCCUAUUUGUAUGAUUGUAGGCCCCAUGGAUGUCGGCAAAUCAACAUUAUGCAGGCUUUUACUGAACUGGGCUGUAAGAUGUGGCCGUAGGCCUAUAAUGGUAGAUUUAGAUGUUGGACAAGGUAAUAUAGCAAUUCCAGGGACAAUUGGAGCUUUACUUAUUGAAAGACCUGCACCGGUUGAAGAAGGUUUUUGUCAGGAAGCACCGUUGGUUUAUCAUUUUGGUCACAAAUCUCCAAGUGGGAAUUAUCAAUUGUAUAACAUGGCUGUAACACGUCUUUCAGAAGUUAUUUUGGAACGAAUAGAAGCAAAUAAAAAAUCUAAGUCGUCUGGUAUUGUUAUAAAUACUUGUGGAUGGGUUAAAGGCGAAGGUUACAAACAGCUUACACAUGCAGCACAAGCUUUUGAAGUUGAUGCUAUUUUAGUUUUAGACCAGGAACGUUUAUUUAAUGAACUGGUCAGGGAUAUGCCGGAUUUUGUUAAAGUCGUAUUGUUACCUAAAAGUGGAGGUGUUGUUGAAAGGAGUAAAACAACUCGAGCAGAAACCAGGGAGCAGAGGAUAAGAGAAUAUUUUUAUGGGGAGCGAAUACCUUAUUAUCCACAUUCUUUUGAUGUUAAAUUCAGUGAAGCUAAAAUAUAUAAGAUUGGCGCUUUAGAUUUGCAUUCCUGUGUCCCCAUAGGCAUAAAAAUAGACGACAGUUCUACAAAACUGAUGCCAAUUCCACCAGGUCCAGCACUAUUGCAUCAUUUACUAGCUGUAACUUUUGCUGAAAAUCCAGAUGAAGAAGUAUUACAAAGUAACAUUGCCGGUUAUGUUUGUGUGACACAUGUAGACAUGGAAAGACAAGUUUUUACAGUUCUCUCACCUCAACCAAGACCGUUGCCACAAACAGUUUUACUAUUGUCCGAUUUGCAGUUUAUGGACAGUCACUGACACUAUCAGAAUUAACAUUAAUAACAUAUUAUGAGAUAAGUAUUUUUUUAAAUAUAUUUUGACACCAAAAAUUAGUGUUUUUUAUGAAGUAAAAAAUUAGCUACAUCUGGUUUGGUGUUUAGAAAGAACAUAGUGCUUAUCAAAUAUAACAUUUUAUAAAUAUUUUAACAUGCCUACAAAGAAAAAAGUGCAUCUAGCAACUACAGAGAGAAAUAUUCCCAUAUUACUAUUAAUUACAAGCAAUCUUUGAUGUAAGAAUUAAUAAUACAUUCUUCUGUUGAACAAGGAUUGCCUGAUUUUAAUUGUACAAUCGUUCAGCAAUCAAAACUUUGUGCU